GUGAAGUUCGUUUAUAAACAACUCUUAAUUAAAGAAAACAAAAGAAACAAAGGAAAAAAAAGUUGUCAGAAGAAAGAGCAGAUUUGCUCGCGUAUGAUUAAUUAAGGUAUAAAUAUUUCAUGUCUUUCUUCUGUGUGACACAAGAAAGGUGUAAAAUUCGAACGUGAUUGAAAUUCCCGAUAAAAUUUGUAUUUUAUUUUUCAAAAAUUUACGAACGCUUGUAAAGCGUGGAUUCGCAACUUCUACGAACAACUAUUAUAUAAAAGUGACAUCAUCAGUGGGUCUGAUUGGGUGUGAAAAGUAACAAUCAGAAGUCAAAACAAAAGGCGAGCACUUGCGCGUGAAAAUAUUUUUUCUCAUGUUGAUGGACAGUGUCUUGAUUCAAUUACCGCCUAUAAAAGAAAGUUUAAAGUUGAAGAUUUGAUACGCAAACAUAAGACAAUAAGCAAUUCAAUUUGUUUGUUGCAACUUCAAAGUAAUUGCUUCAGAAGCAUCAAGAACAUUAAUAACCCUGAAUUUAAUCGAAUUACUUUCGCUACUCAUCACUUUUUUACCCAACCUGCCAUUUAACAUCACACGCCUUCAGUAACGAUGAAGGGAUGGUUUGAUGCAUUUCGAGACGAUGGUGCGCCGACACUUUAUUCGUUUUCUAACAGAACGCCAGUGACGGGAGAUGUAUCCAUAAUUGCGGUGUCAGUUCUCUUUGCCACUCUCUAUAUUGCAUUUUUAGUCAUCUUUCCAGGUGUCAGAAAACAGAAAUUUUCGACAUUCAUUACUGUUACUUUAAGUUUAUUUGUCGGUCUAGUCAUUCUCGUUGGCCAAUUGGGAUCGUCAUGGCAUGUGGCGAAGCAAAAUAUCGUCGCACCUUACAAAGCAUUUUCUCGAGAAAAGCUUCCAGCACGUAUCGGUGUUCAUAUUGGACUUAUGCAUGUAAACAUCACACUAGUUGGCCUACCAGUUGGUAAUUGGUCAACUCCAGACAUUGAUUUUAAUGAACGAUUCAAUUGGAAUCAAGCAAAUGACAUGGGAAAUUCCUACAAAUGCGCAUUGAAGCGAGGCCUUCCAUAUCCAAUUCUGACAGUUGCUGAAUAUUUUAGCUUGGGACAGGAAGGUUUUGCUUGGGGCGGUCAAUACAGAGCUGCUGGUUAUUACGCAAGCAUCUGGUUGUGGGCAUCUUUAGCAUCUUGGCUUCUUAUGAAUUUACUUCUGACUGCAGUUCCUCGUUAUGGUGCUUAUGGAAUGUGCACAACUGGCUCACUCCUUCUCGGUGCUAGCAUCGGUUAUUAUCUUAUGCUUCCUAAACCACCUCUGGUUAUUUAUAUCGAAGGUGCAAUGAUCGAGUUUAGUCUUGGAUGGUGCUUUUGGACAGUUUUAGUUGCUGGUUCGAUGUGCUUCUUCAUAGGCUUUAUUGUUUCCGCUAUUGACUUAAUUUGGCCACACAAAUAUUCAACAAUUCUUGAAGUUUAUUAUGACACGCCAUACGAUCGUCACGUGAUUCUUGAAGAGUCGCAUGAUGUCAGAUAUAGAAAGAGAAAUAGCAAAGGCGGGCUUGAAGAACCAGUCAGUCUUGGAUCAAGAAUCUUAAGCCGACCACCGAUCGACCGUAACAAAGAUAAGACGUCAGUUGAACUGACAAACUGGUGAACGUCAUACCGUAGAGGUUUCCAAGAAAAUUUCUCCUACAGUCGACUUUUUACUAUUUAAUUUUAAGAAAUCGGAAAUGUGUGAUGAUCAUGUGAUAUUAACUACUUGUAGUACUUUUAAUGAUGAUAUUACAGAUGAAGCUUGAUUGAUAAAUGACAAAGAAGUUGAGAUCAAGAAUUAUCUGUGAUUAUGACAAAGAAAAUUUCGUAAUUAAGUAGUUUAACGUAGACAGUCAUCAAAACAACGUAAAAUAAAUAAAAACUUAAGAUUUCGUUUAGAUUUAGCCAUCAAAUUUCAUUUAAAACAUGAUUUCAUAAUUUAUUUCAUAAAAAUUCUCAAUCAUAAAUUUCAACUUAGCUUCACUAUUGAAUAUUAAAUUUAUACUGUUUAAGAACCAUGAAGAAUAAUAAAAAUUGUGUCGUAGACCA